GUUUCAUCCCUCACAAAAGGUAACAGGUUGUCGACGCCGCUCAAUGAACUUGUUGCCGCUGAAGUUUGCGUCGCACUUGUUUUCACGGUCGGUUUUUCGCUUUGAACUUGGAUGGACACGAGUAAAAAUAUCUAAAUCCACGUCACGGAGCCGCGGAGACUUGUCAGACAGGCGCAGAAGAGCAUUUCCAGAGAAAGAGAGGGACCUCUGGAGAAAGGCUGCGUCUCGUGAGAACAGGUGUGAUGUCCGUACACAAGCUGCGUCUCUGUCCUGAGCUACCGGAGGGGAAAACUGUGACCUGUCAACAGCCCAGACAUUAUUAGAUCCCUGCAUCACGUCGUUGCGUCCAUUCCCAUUAGCUCUGCAGCAUGAGCACAUCGGCCUCCGGUCGGAAGACACCAGUGGACUACGGCGUCCAGAUCCGCUUCAUCAAUGACCUCUGUGACACCGGUGGAGUCCAGCCCGGGUCCCAGCCCAAGACCAAGGCUCAGACUGCCUCCAAAUACGGUGUGGCUGUCAGGGUGCAGGGCAUUGCUGGCCAGCCAUAUGUGGUCCUAAAGGAUGGCCAGAAAGGAGACUCGUAUGGAGUCCAGCUCAACACGGAGUACCCGUCUGGUUAUAGUAGCCUCCCCCGUAGGAGAGAGAACGAAGACCCUAGAACACAGGGGGUAGAUGUAAGGGGAGGAGGGCAGGGAGGAGCACUACGGCGGGCCCAAUCCCAUGGAUCACUACUGGAAAGAGACGGAGAAGGAGGGGUCCAUGGUGAGGAUUUCCAGCUGUCUAGGCCCCCAGGAGAUGGCAAGUCUGGUAGUUAUGGGAACCUGGAUGGGGGAUUAGGGGGGAGAGGGGAGAGGGGGGACAUGGGAAGGAAUAUGUGGGAUGGUGCGUAUAAGACAGGGCUCAACGGGUCACAGGGGUCAGUGAGAGGCAGGCCGCCCUAUGCUGAUCCCCCUCCACAAGCAAAUGAGCUCCCCAACCGGAGACAAGCUGCGUUCAGCGGACUAGUAAACAGGUUUGACGGAGGAAACGCUGGCCAGCAAAGGGGACACCCUCCGGCUCAACAAGAUCCGAGAAAUACGUCCCCUCUUCUCACCCCCAACCCCUACAUCUCACCUUCGUCUUCCACUCAUAGCAGCUUGGGACGCAACAAGGAUGCGGCUGCCACAUUUCCUGUGCAGGCUUCGAAUCAGUGGACUCCACCAGGGAGACACACUGCGGUGGAGAGGGCACAGGCCAGUCUGGCUGAAACACAAGUGACCCCUGACCUUUUGCUGGACCAGGGUCAGAGCACAGAGGUGAGCAGUGAGGAGGAACAGAUCAUGCAGUCUCUAUUCAACAUCCUGAGACAGGGAAGUACGGAGAGUGAUGUUUUCAUCAAGCACAAAGCCAAGCUCAUCCUUCAGAAGAUGCAGAAUAUGAAGCCCAAAGAAAGCGCUAGAGAUGAGUGGACAAGAGAAAAGAGAGAGCUGGAGAGAAAGGUGGCUGACCUCCAAACUGCUCUGCUGGAGGAAAGGCGGGACUCUGUUAGCAAUUCUGAUCCCACUCUGAAAGCUGAGCUGGAGUCUUGUCUGGAUGAAAAUCUGCAGCUCCGGGAGAUGCUGGACCGGAAGAAGACAGAGUUUAACGAAACACAAUCAGAGCUGACUCAGCUGCGUAUGGAUAGAGAGAAUGCAGAGGUGCGGGUAAGAGGAAUGGAGGAUCAGCUGGCUGAGCUUCAGGAUGAACUGCGUAGAGAAAAUGGCAACAAGACGGAAAUAGCGUCUUGUCAGGCACAGCUGGUGGAGGUCUGCCAGCUGAAACAGAAGCUGGAGGAGGCGCUGAGACAGAGAGAGAGGGAGCUAACGGCCCUGAAAGGAGCUCUGAAGGAAGAGGUGGCCACGCAUGACAAAGAGAUCGAGGCGCUGCGAGUGCAGUACAGUGCAGACAUGGAGAAGCUCCGUAGCAGCAUGGAGCAAGUGUCUGAGUCUCAUGCAGGGAUUGAGGCGGAGCGGCUGCGUGUCAACGCAUCCGUUCGCUCCCUACAGCAGCAGUUGGAGGACUGUAGAGAUGAGAGCAGCCACUGGAUGGAGCAGUUUCAUACCACCAGAGAUGAACUCCGUACGACUAAACAAGAACUCCUCCAAGCCCGUCUGGAAAAAGAGGAGUUCGAGGAGGAACUAAAGGAGUUCCAGGACAAAAUGAACAGUGUGAAACGGCAGAUACCGGACCCCAACCACACACAGGGCCUCACACAGGAGCUUGAGCGAUGCAAGGCUGACCUGCAGAAGUCCAAGUCUCAGCUGGAGAAACUCAGGACAGAGUCUGACAGGAAGAUCAUGGAGGUCAUCUCCAUAAAAAAGACUCAUCAGGACCAAGAAGCGGAACUGAAGUAUGAGAUUGGCCGGCUGAAGGACCAGUUACAGAGGGCUAAGGAGGACUUCAACAAGGCGCAGGAGAAAAACAAACGACUCCCAGAUCCUGCCGUCAUUUCAGAGCUGGAGCAGAAACUUGGUGAGGCAACGGCUGAAGCAAUCAAGCUCAAAGAGAAACUCUCACUGGCUGAAGAAGAGCUGGGGACCAGUAACACCCGUCUCAGUAGAGCCCAGGCAGAUCUAAAGUCACUCCAAGACGCUGAGCAGGAGCAGAAGGAGGUCAACACACGUCUAAGAGAGAAACUCUCACGAUUAGAGAAUCAGCUGCAGACCAGUGCCACAGAGAGCUCAGAGGCCGAGCUUGCGCUCCACACUGAGGUGAGGGGGCUAAGGUCUGAGCUAGACGAGGCCAAAAGAAAAGCCUCCCGCCUGAGCCAGGAGCACCGUGAACUCAGCCUGCGCUUGGAGGAUACGGAAAAAGACAGAGAAACGCUCAGACAGAGUGUCAGCCAGCUGGAGGAGACCAGACGACAGCAGGAGAGAGCUUUGGAGAAACUCAACAAAGAGUAUGAGUCUCUGAACGUUGCCUCAAAAGAGGAGGCGCAAGCUCUGAAGGUUCAGCUGGAGGAGCAGAGAGAGAAAGCACGCAAGGAAAUGCAGGAGGUGCAACGUAAUGGAAACAGCGCGCAGACUGAGCUGGAAAGGAGCCAUAUGAGUCUAAGGAAACAGGAGGAAGAGAUGUCGCGGCAGAAGAAGGAGCUCCUGCUCGCAUGUGAGGAGAGAGACAACCACCAGCUGGAUAAAGAGCUUCUCAGCAACCGACUGCGCCACCUUGAGGGAGAGUUGGAGGCCAGCAAAAACAGCUUCAGUGAGAAAACACGGGAGAUUCGUAUCCUGGAGGAUAAAUUAAAGCGUAUGGAGUUGGAGCUGGAGGAGGAGAGGAGCAGUGUGGAGAUGCUAACGGAGCGUCUGACCAGGAACCGAGACCAGAUCGAUCAGCUUCGCGCGGAGCUCAUGCAGGAGAGGUCUUCCAAACAGGACCUGGAGCUGGACAAAAAUGCCAUGGAGAGACAUCUGAAGGAGCUGAGGAGUCGCGUGGCCGACAUGGAGGGACAGUCUCGCUCCUCGGCCGGAGUCAGCCAGCUGGAGAGCAAGAUCCAUGAGCUGGAGGAACGACUACGUAGUGAGGAGAGGGAGAAGAAUUCUGUGUUGGGGGCUCAGCGACGUUUGGAGAGGAAAGUAAAGGAACUCAACAUCAUGCUGGAUGAAGAAAGACAGACACACACAGACCAGAGAGACCAGCUCACUCUAAGAGUGAAGGCUCUGAAGAGGCAGGUGGAUGAAGGCGAGACUGAGCUGGAGAGGAUGGAUGGACUGAGGAGAAAAUCCCAGAGAGACAUGGAGGAACAGAUGGAGCUUAAAGACGCCUUGCAAGCCAGAGUCACUGCACUGGAAACGGAGCUUAAGAGAAAAACUCAGGCAGCGAUGCGUCCAACGCUGGGCUCGUCAGCGCUCAGCUCCGACGACGAUGACGACAGCCUGUACGACCCGUCCACCAUCACCUCCAUCCUCACCGAGAGCAACCUCCAGACCAGCUCCUGCUGAGGCAGCACUUACUGUGAGGGCCGGGAGAUAAUAGAGGCAUAUUGUAGCUUAUCCUCUUUAAACUGAGGGUGUGGAAGGAGCACUGCAUAAAAUGAGGGAAGGGUAAAAGUCUGUGGGAUGAAUUCUAUUUUAUUAAGGUUAUUGGGAGAGAGGUUUUCCAUCCCACAGUGAAUUGAAGGAAACUAAACACAACAUCCUCUUCAUUUCAGGGAAUUUCCUCCUACAAACGGUACAGGCAGACCCCACAGUGCAGCUGGAACCGCCCUAUUUCAUGCACAUACUGUACUGUAAUACAGCACCAAACAGAAACUAUUUCAGCAUUUCCACAGAAAGACAGUAACUGGAUUCAAGGGAGAGAAUGCUGGACUACAAAAUACCUCUUUUGUGGUAGUAAUGCAGCAUGUCCAGCUAAUUCAGAGGGACAAGUCUGAAGUUAACAGAAUAAUAAAUAAAGUUCCUAGUAAUCAUUUCUUUGUGUAGACAGACUUUAGGUUUUUCUGUAGCACAGCCGUCCACUGAUUGAACUCACACUACAAAUGUUGUAACGUGGGCGACAUUGGAUAGAACUAGUGAAAACUGGCGUCCAAAUACUGAAUUUUUUUGAUUGCAUAAAGAAAAGCCACAAGUUUUUGUUUUUGCCAGCGAUACAAUACAAUAAGCCUGAUAUUUUGAAGGUACAUUUCCUAACCUAAUGUAUUUGUAUUAUUGUGUAUACUGUAGAUAUGUCUAUUCUGUGUCUGAAGAUCGUUUACUUCAUCUUCCAGACGGUCUAUAGUGGUGCAAGAUCUGACACUAAGAGCAUUGUUCCACACAAACACAAGUUAAGCUUCCAAACUAGUAACAAACUGCACAAACAGAUUAGGAUUGGAACUGGUUCUAGAUAAAGGUACAUCUGACUUGUCCUUUGUUGCCUGAUUGUUUCCCUGUGUCAGAAUAAGGUGGAUUUCCACUACUAGACAAAACGUUCAGCAGAGACUGAUGAAUUCUGAAGAUACACACUUUAAGUUCCUUACUGAGUCACAUUUCAAUGCCUUUAAAUUGUUGUAAAGAAUAGUUAUUAUUAUUAUUAUUAUUAUUAUUAUAGAUAUUACAUAAUGAAAUGCUAAACUUGGAAACUGGUGCUUAGUCUGAUUUAUUAGUCAAAUACGUUGUGAUUACUGUAAUUCUUGGCCGGAAAACAUUUUUUUUUAAUUUCUAUAACUAAAUAAAUUUAGAAACAAUAAAGUAAUAUCAUCUG